UAGAACUCCAAUUAGUCUCUUUAUUGCUGUAGUUUUUGAAUAGUUUCCAAAGUUCUGCAUCUCUUAUUUAUCAAAGUUUCCGGUUACAUAAUACUGUCACCUAAUGAACAGACUAUGAGAGUAUUGGGAAAGCCCUAAUAGCCCAUUCUUAAGUGGACCUGUUUUCCUGUUUAAUUUCUAAGUUACAUUCCUAAUUAAGGGUAAACAAAUGUCCUAAUGAAAGGAGACUAAAUUUCCAAUACUAAACUAAGGGAAUAAAAACAAGGGGCUGUCACGUUAUUGAAGAACCUAGCACAAUUCACAAAGCAAUUUCACAAAGGAUGUUACAUUAUUUACACUGUAGGUAGUUGUGAAAGAUUUGUGUCUCUUAUUCUUUAGUUUGCUUUUAAAUAUCUUCAACAUAUGGUUACUGCUGAGUUAAGUAUUCAGCAUUAAGAAAUUUAAGUUUUUGACUGGAUUAAGUAGUUUUCGCUGGCUUAACAAAUUUAUUUUGGCCAUGUUUCCAAAGGUACAGUUGGUUUACACAUUGUCAUUUAUUUAGGGAUAACAGUUGGAAUUAAUAUUGACUUGAGAUGAGGAUGGGGGUCUCACAGUUUACAUUUUGAGAAGUGGUUGAAAAGACCAGAGAUAAUAUAAGGAAAAGUACUUGGAGGUGUGUCUCUUUGUGGUUAAAGCUUAUUGGAACUUACCAGAAGAUUCUAGUGGUCCAUCUUUGGGAAGAGAAGAAGGUUGAGAAUGCUUUGCCAGUUGGUAUUUGCAGGAGGGUGUCUUUACCUAAAAGCAUUCUGGGGGAAGGGCAUGAGUGGAGAGUUGUCCUCAGUAGAAGGAUCUUAGAGGGAAAAGAUGCGCAUAUGUUUUCUUUUGGAGUUGAUACAACUGUGUCUCAGGGUGACUACCCGACUCCUGCCUCCACGUGUGCCUUUGGCACUUUCUCAGCUCUGCUGUUUGUGGACAGUUGCUGAUAGGGGAGUUGUCCAUCACCACGCCCACUGGCCAGCACUCAGGGGAGGAGGUGCCCUGGAUUGAAGCGUGGGCCACGCACCUGGUGGGCAGCCAGGGAAGACGCACGCUGUGCAGGCAUCUUACCUUGGAAACAGCACGCCUGGCUUCCAUGCGGUCUUUGAAUCUGAGAUAGUCCUAAUUUUGGCCUGUCCUCAAAAGAGACCAACGGGCCAGGCUUGUUCCUUCAAGAAGUCUCCGUGAAGCCUGUGGAGGGGCGAGCUCCUCCAGAAGUAAAUAAGGAUGUGUCAGCUGUAUGUGAGGGGACUGCACAGCCAAGUGACUCAGGAAGAUUUUCACAGAAGAAUGAAAAAAAAAAAAAGGAAGAAAAAUCACAUCCCAGAAGCAAGUCCAGGAUUUUUGAGCAGCUGAAAGGAGAUAGUUGUGAAAACGUGAAUGACAAGACUCUGGCACAUUGCUGUUGUCAUUUCUUAGGUUAUUUCUGUCACACUAUCCACUUUUGUGCGUGAUAGUGGAGUUAUUUUCCAGUACUGCAGUGGCUGGCAACCACCUUCUGAUCAGAGUUUUGUCCUAUGUGGGUGUCAGGAGCGACCCUCCCUGCGUGACCCUCCCCGUGUGACUGCUGACGGGGAGCCGUGUCGGGGGCGGCUGCUUCAUGGCUGUGCUGCACCUGGUGCUCAUCGUGACCUCCGUCUCACCUUCCGCUGUCCACCCCGCCUGUGUGUGCUUCCUUUCUCUGAACAGUUAUACACACUGAAGAUCUGAUUACCGUAUUUUUUGAGUUUAAAAGAGGAGACAUCGCAGCUUUCCCAGAUCGGGAGGAAAAAUAUGGAAUGUGUUUUACCGCUGACUGAACACAACCAAAUGAACUUUACUGACAGGAGUUUGAAAACCAGCAGUUAGCAGUUUGUUCAGGCUCUAACACUGUCCAGCACUUUCCAGAGCAAACUCAACUGUUUACAAGAACUCUCGGCCUUACCAAGUUUAUAACCUCAAGCUUUGUUUAUUUAAAAUAUUUCAGCAAAAGAGAAGUACCUGGAAACCACUUUCCAAAAUGGCCAUGGAAGAGUAUUUGUGGAUGGUCAUCUUGGGUUUCAUCAUAGCUUUUAUCUUGGCAUUUUCUGUCGGUGCAAAUGAUGUGGCCAACUCGUUUGGGACCGCCGUGGGCUCUGGCGUGGUGACCUUGAGGCAGGCGUGCAUCCUGGCUUCCAUAUUUGAAACCACCGGCUCCGUAUUAUUGGGAGCCAAAGUAGGAGAGACCAUUCGAAAAGGCAUCAUUGACGUGAACCUGUACAACGAGACUGUGGAAACCCUGAUGGCCGGGGAAGUUAGUGCCAUGGUCGGGUCAGCUGUCUGGCAGCUGAUCGCAUCUUUCCUGAGACUUCCCAUCUCAGGAACCCACUGCAUCGUCGGUUCCACCAUCGGGUUCUCGCUCGUGGCGAUCGGUACAAAAGGAGUGCAGUGGAUGGAGCUGGUCAAGAUCGUUGCUUCUUGGUUUAUAUCUCCACUGUUGUCUGGUUUCAUGUCGGGCGUGCUGUUUGUGCUGAUCAGAAUUUUCAUCUUAAAUAAGGAGGACCCUGUUCCCAAUGGCCUCCGGGCACUUCCGGUGUUCUAUGCUGCCACGAUAGCAAUAAAUGUCUUUUCCAUCAUGUACACAGGAGCCCCAGUGCUGGGCCUGGUUCUCCCCAUGUGGGCGAUAGCUCUCCUGUCCUUCGGUGUUGCUCUCGUGUUCGCCUUUUUUGUGUGGCUGGUUGUGUGUCCGUGGAUGCGGAGGAAAAUUGCAGGUAAAUUACAAAAAGAAGCUGCUUUAUCACGAGUCUCUGAUGAAAGCCUCAAUAAAGUUCAGGAAGCAGAGUCACCGGUAUUUAAAGAGCUGCCGGGGGCCAAGGCUAAUGAUGACAGCGUGAUCCCACUCACCGGGGCAGCUGGGGAGACGUCCUCCGGGGCCUCUGAAGGCACAUCCAUGGGGAGCCACCCUCGGGUGGCAUACGGAAGGGCACUUUCCAUGACUCCCGGCUCUGUAAAGUCACCCGUCUCCAAUGGCACCUUCGGCUUUGAUGGCCACACGAGAAGUGACGGUCACGUGUACCACACCGUGCACAAAGACUCGGGGCUGUACAAAGACCUGCUGCACAGAAUCCACGUAGACCGGGGCCCCGAGGACAGGCCGGCCCCCGAGAGCAGCGCCCGGCUGCUGCGGCGCAACAACAGCUACACGUGCUACACGGCAGCCAUCUGCGGGGUGCCCGUGCACUCCACCUUCAGAGCCGCCGAGGCGGCCGCCACAGAAGACAGUGAGAAGCUGGUGGGGGACACUGUGUCCUACUCCAAGAAGAGGCUCCGCUAUGACAGCUACUCGAGCUAUUGCAACGCAGUGGCCGAGGCCGAGAUUGAGGCCGAGGAGGGCGGCGUGGAGAUGAAGCUGGCAUCUGAGCUGGUGGAACCCGACCGGCCACAGGAGGACCCCGCAGAAGAGGAGAAGGAGGAGAAGGACACGGCAGAGGUCCACCUCCUGUUCCACUUCCUGCAGGUCCUCACCGCCUGCUUUGGAUCCUUCGCUCAUGGUGGCAACGAUGUAAGUAAUGCCAUUGGUCCGUUGGUGGCCUUGUGGCUGAUUUACGAACAAGGUGCAGUCAUGCAGGAAGCAGCCACCCCCGUCUGGCUACUGUUCUAUGGAGGCGUCGGGAUCUGUAUGGGUCUCUGGGUUUGGGGGAGAAGAGUGAUCCAGACCAUGGGGAAAGACCUCACCCCCAUCACACCAUCCAGCGGCUUCACAAUUGAGCUGGCCUCAGCCUUCACUGUGGUCAUCGCCUCCAACGUGGGCCUUCCCGUCAGCACUACGCACUGCAAGGUGGGCUCGGUGGUGGCUGUGGGGUGGAUCCGCUCCAGGAAGGCUGUAGACUGGCGCCUCUUCCGGAACAUCUUCGUAGCCUGGUUUGUGACUGUGCCUGUGGCCGGGCUGUUCAGCGCUGCCAUCAUGGCACUCCUCAUGUAUGGGAUCCUGCCCUAUGUGUGACAUGUCUCCUUCCAGUCGGAGCAGCUAAACGGAUGGUCUGGGGUGGUUGUGCAGGAGGAGUGUGCCUGACCGCACGUGGCUGUCUCAUGUCCAGCUCUCCACGUCCCUUUUGAGGGCUCCACGCCACGCUGCUCACCCAGGCUGCGUACAGUCUCCUCACAGAGCUGACUUACCUGCUGUACAUAAUCUGUGUUACACGGUAUCGUGGUGACAUACUGUGUGCAGUUACUUACAUAUUAAAUACGUAUUGUCCACAUAGAAUAGGUACCAUUAUUUCAGACAUACUCAAGCUGGGAGUGGAGAUCAUUGCCUAGAAUUCAAUAUCCCGUAAAUCUUGUACAUAAUAAUUACAGUGGCAAAUUUUAAGAGCCUUUUAAAAGGAACGUUUUGAUUGGAAAAAUGGAUUUUUUUCCAAAUGAUGUUUCCCGUCUGACAUACUGUAAAAGAAGUAGAAACAGACGCUUGGCGCCAGCCUGGGGGUGCACGCAGGUGGGCGUGAUGCCGGGACAAGGUCACAAGUGCUUUCACUGAAGAAUUUGUUCAUAUACUGUGUAUGAUUAUCCUGUAAUAUAUCAUCAUGGCUUUUGUAAAUACUUAAAACUGUAAACUUUUUAAUGGUGUGCUUCCCUUAUACUUUUUUGAUCAGAGAAUUUUGGAAAGUACCAAAGAAGCAGGGGAAUCAUUUGCCAGUAUUAUGUUUCCCGUUGUCUGUCUCCCCCACACCACGGGUCACUGCCGGAGCAUGACUGCCCAGGGCCUGCCUGCCCCACAGCAGCACGUGUGGCCCCCACCCACCAGCAGCACCGCCGCCGCCUACUUCACGCCACACCCUGGGCAGCCCUGCAGUGGCCUUUCCCUUGUCACCAACGCAGAGAACGUGCAGACGUGAGGCUGUGUGGCUGACACUACAUAUCCAUCCAGUGUAAAUUUUCAUCCCUGUUCCCCUCUGCAGCCUCAAGAACAGACUUCUUGUGUCACACGUUAAAGCAGAUGAGGCCUUAAAUGUGCUUUGACAUUGUAGAAAUUCAGGGCAGGGCAGAGAGUUGAAAUAUUUGAAAAUACACUGGAUUUGAGGAGCUCCCUGAGACCCCUGCUGCGCUGCACGUCCCGACGUUCUACUGUAGCCCCCUGGGAGGAAGUACGACUGAUGUUAGAGCCUGAAACUAUGGAAAUGCUGCUAAAAUUUUUAUAUUGACAAACAUUUUCUUGGUACUUCAUCAUGAUUUUUCAUUAAUCAACCAUAUUAAAUUUAUAAUAAAAAAUGCCCCUCAAAUGUUUGCCUCAGAAGUCUUUUUCUUAAUUAUCUAUGUAAUGUUUUCAGAGUUGCAACAAUAAUAAAAGCGACAUUCAGUCACUUGGCAUUUUUCAAAUACCCUUCUUUUAACUCCCCCCCCAUUAUUUUACUAUUACAGGUUUGUGCAAAAAACACACAAGAGCAGGAAGAGGAACGAGUGACCCCCACAUCCAGCAUUCAGCAACCCCCACUGUCAGCGUGGUGUGCACAGACCCUGCGGGAGUGAAGCAUCUGGCCAGAGGGCUUGUCCCUGGAUCGGGACUCCUGUCACACCUCUGUGUGAAGCCUUCCCUACUUCCCCAGACUUCGGAGGGCAGUUGGCAAGUCAGUUUAGAUGCUCAGGGCCUGGCAAGGAAGGGCAGACCCUCCCCAUCUGUACUUUUGGCUCAAAUAGCCAAAAGGAAAAAAGAAUUGGGGGGUGGGGGGGGUUUCCAUCCCCCGUGGCAGCAUCUGGCACCAGCUCCAUUUCCCUUAGGACUGGGAUGGGUACCUGGUGAGGAAAUGUGCCCAGAUGUAAAAUUCUCCACAAAGAAUGAUGCCUUAGCCUUUUGUUAUCCCACU